AUUUAUGCUUUGUUCUUAUAAAUAUUGUGGUUUGGCAAAUAAAGCCUAAUCUGAUGGUGUUAUUGCAUGUCAAUUAUGUUUAUAAGUAAGGUAUUGUUCAUAAAGAUGUAAAGAUCUUGAUUGGUAUGAAAUGUUGUUAAUUUGUAGGACUAUAUCACAUAAAUUAAAUUGUAAAGGAAAAUAAAUUAGAUAAUCUGAAGUAAAUGAUACUUAAUCUACACACAAAUCGGUUGGCAAAAAUAUUGAUGAUUUCGAAAUUAUAGUUAAAGAUGGGAAAUCUGAAUUAGGAAGAGGCAGUUAUGGUUAAGUCAAGCUAGUAAAAGAUCGUUAAAAUGGAUAGUUCUAUGCUAUGAAAAUUGUAACUUAAUGUGAUCUUAAUAAUAGUUAAAUAAAAAAAGAAUAUUUGAGUAUUGGUCAACAGAAAACUUGAAAAGAGAAAUUAAAAUUUAAAGAAGAUUAGCUCAUCCACAUAUAGUUAGAUUAUAUCAUUAUUUUGAAGAUAAAGAAAAUGUUUAUUUGAUUUUAGAAUUAGCAGAAAAUGGAAGUUUAUUUUUAUAUAUCAGAAGAAGAAAAAGAUUACCAGAAAAAGAAGCAUUUGUUUAUUUCUUUUAAACUUGUUUAGGAAUUGAAUAUCUACAUAAAAAAAAUAUUUUACAUAGAGAUUUAAAACCAGAAAAUUUGUUGUUGGAUAAAUAAGGUAAUAUUAAAGUGUGUGAUUUUGGAUGGUCUGCUGAAGCAAAUUAAUAAAUAAAAAGAACAACUUUUUGUGGUACCUUAGAUUAUAUGGCUCCUGAAAUGUUACUAAAUUAACCUUAUGAUUUUAAAUUAGAUAUUUGGUGUCUUGGAAUUUUGUUAUAUGAAUUAAUUCAUGGAUUUGCACCUUUUAAAGGAAAAACUAAUUAAGAAAAAGGAUAGAAUAUAAUCAAUUUAUAAACAAUUGAAUUUAAUUCAAGUUGUUCUUUUGAAGUUAAAGAUCUUAUAUGCAAUAUUCUUAAAACUAAUCCAGAAGAAAGAUUAUCUUUAAUUUAAAUAUUCGAACAUUCAUUUAUGAAAAGAAAUUAUUAAAUUUAUGGAAUUGAUUUGAAUUAAUAUCUUAAUAAAGAAGAAAAAGUUGAAAAUAGAUCUUUAUCUCCAGUUUAAGAAUAAUUAAAAACAAGGUAUUAUAAAUUUAUCAGUCUAAUAGAAAUUUCGUUUUACCUUAACAUAAUUCAUCACAUGAAUUAAAUAAUCCUUCAAUAUAGCAUACAUUUUCUAUUUAAUAAAAAAUUUCUGUUAUUUAAAAUAACAAAGUUUUAAAUUAACCAAAUAAUGGAACAUCAACAUCUAUAUCAACUGUAUUAAAAAUCAUUUAUUUUUUUAGUAUUCUUAAGAUGAUGAAUUGAAAGCAAGAGUUAGUCGUGUUUCUCAAAGGCAAUAGAUUGCUUAAUAAUAAAGAGAAAUAGGAUCAUAGAGACAUACUAAUAGUGAUCUUGGAUUCAUGGAUAGAGUAUUCUAAGCUUUAGGAUGUUUAAAUAGAGAAAAAUAGUAAUAAAAUUAAUAAUUUUGA